AUGCUUAAUUUUAUAAUUACUAGUAAAUUCUUGGAACUCGCUCGAAGUGAACGCCGUUCCUCUAUUUAUAGUUUCUUUUGGAUUACCGAAUGUCGCGAAUAUACUUUUCAGGCAAACAAGUACUUCACGCGUCGUAGAUUUAACUGCGCUAAGUCAGGCGUCGGCGCAGGGUACAGGGAAGUCUUCCCUUCGAAACGGCUCAUGGAAUCAUUUGCCAUCAUGCAGAGUCUUCUCAACACUCAUAUGAGCCAUCUCAUCGUGAUGAACUCGUAUGAUGUUGGAAAUCAUGAACUCUGGUACAACGAAUCAAUCAGCCAAUUGACGCAGCUCGAGCUUUCUUUCCACGGGGCGUUCAUCUACAUAACCGGUGGACCGAUUAAAAGCAUCUACAUGUUGCAUCUUGUUUUCUAGUCUAUGUACUACUUUAAAUCAAUUAACUGAAAUCUGAA